CAAUCAUCUGCUCCUCUGCCGGUGGGCGGGGCGCGAGCCGCAGCGUCUGUGGUAACCCAAGCUGCAGCAGAGGUGCAGUCGUGAGGCGUGAGAGACUAGACACCCACCCGGUUGACGGCGGCUAAGGUGCGUCGGGGGUCCUUAUCUCUGUCCUUGAGGCUGGAGAAGGGAGAAAACAUGACGGCUGGUUCAGUGUGUGCCCCUCAGAUCAUACCACUGCGAGUGCCUCAGCCUGGAAAAGCUAACCAUGAAAUUGAUACCAAUACCCUUUUGGAAAUGAAAUCUGAUACCCCAGAUGUCAACAUAUAUUACACCCUGGAUGGCAGCAAACCUGACUUCCUAAAGAAAGUUGGUUCUGGUGAAAACAAUACAUUUAAGUAUAUAAAACCUAUUACACUGCCUGAUGGAAAAAUACAAGUUAAAGCUGUUGCCGUCUCUAAAGACUGCAGAGAGAGUGGGAUUGUAACAAAGGUAUUUCAAGUAGACUAUGAACCACCGAAGACGGUCUCUUCUGAAGAGAGUGUUGAAGGUUUUUCAAAGCAGGAAUUAAAAAAUGGAUUUGUCGGGCCAAAAUUAAAGAAGAAGUAUAAGAAUGCUGAAAAUAAAUCGACUUGGAACGUUAACCUUAGACGGCUUGCAGACCUCAAGGUAAGCGAAAGAGCAGACGCUAAAACUCUGAAAGAUCUUCGCUUCUCCGCGAGUCCACUGGAAAUCCCAGCCUACCAUGAAGGAUCGAGUUCUAGAAUAGCUACUCAUCAGUCCCAGUCCCCUGGCUUUGCACACAUAACUGGCCAGAAGAGUCUGACAAGCACGGAGAUCUCACGGAUCCAGAGGGACACGGACUUCCUCAAGUGUGCCCACUGCCUGGCUUCCCGGCCAUCUGAUCCCUUUUCUCGAUUCUGUCACGAAUGUGGCGUUCCUGUGCCACCCAUAUUUGGCUGCCGUCUUCCACCCCCAGAAGCCUCUCAGAUGGGCGUGUGUGCAGAAUGUGGAAGCAUGGUACCCAUGAAUACCGCCAUCUGUGUGGUGUGCGAGGCUCCUCUUGCUCCACAGCUGCGGGCACAGGCCCACUAUCACCUGAAGGAGAAGAUCGUCUGUCGCUCCUGUGGCACCGUGAAUCCUGCUCAUCUGAGACACUGUGUCGUCUGUGAGGGGACCCUGUCUACCACACAAGAGCCGUGGCUGUGCAAUGGAAAUGAAGUCCUUCGCCCGCCUACUCGGAAUGGGGAGACCAUUUCCUGCUCCAGAUGUGGCUGCCAGAACAACUGGGAGGCGUCCUUCUGCGACUGGUGUGGAUCCGCGCUUGGCAUUUCUAGCAGCUACUCUGUCUGCCCAAAAUGCGGGGCCAACAAUCAUCUGUCUGCCCGAUUCUGUGGCACCUGUGGUAUUUAUGUGAAGUCCAUAGCAAGAUUUAGAAUGAACAACAGCUUGGCCCUGGUUGCUGGCGGACAUCGCCCAUUUUCUGAGCCCCGAUCUGCCUGGCAGUCCCUAAGUGUCCCUUUGCCCACUUCUGCUUUUGGGUCUAAGAAGGACACCGGCACACAGACCUCGGGCCUGUUCUACCCAUCUGGCAAGCUCCUGGCAAAGAAGGAGCUGGAGGCGGCUUCUCACAGGCAGAGGCAGGAGAAGAUGAGUGACCACAGGCCGGUCCUCACAGCCGUCAGCCCAGGAAGAGGCUACUGGAGAAAACAGUUGGAUCACAUCUCUGCUCACCUCAGAUCCUAUGCUCAGAACAACCCUGAUUUUCGGGCCUUGAUUGCAGAACCCAGGAUGGGAAAGCUUGUCUCUGCUACUGUCCAUGAAGACGGCUACGAAGUUAGCAUCAGGCUGAACUACAUUCAAGUCUCCAACAAGAACCUGUACAUCAACAAGUCGGUGAGUCUCAGUGACCACUUUCUGAGCAGUGUCACCGAAGGUGGCAAUGGGCUGUAUGACAGCAGGUCCAGCUUGGUGAGUGCCUAUAGCCAGAGCGCCUCAGACACCCCCGAAAGUGUCAAGAUGAAGAAUCUCAAGGCCAAAAGCUUCUACAGAAACCCAGAGAUGCCUACGCCUGAAAACAGACUCCUGCUGGAGGAAGUUGGCCCCACAGGGAAAGGAAGACUGUCUGUGCUGGAGCAGCUGCUAGAUGAAGGAGCAGACCCUAACUGUUGUGAUAGUCAAGGUCGACCUGCUAUUACCGUGGCUGUUGUGAAUAGACAUCAUGAAGCCAUUCCAGUUCUCGCUCAGAGAGGAGCAGACCUCGACCAGCAGUGGGGACCGUUCAGAAAUACAGCUCUUCAUGAAGCAUCUCUACUUGGCCUGGAAGGAAGGGAGAGCAUCGCCAUUUUACUGGGGUGCAAUGCAAACAUCCAGAAGAAGAACACAAGAGGCCAGACAGCAUAUGACAUCGCUCUUGAGAUUGGAGAUGACCCCACCAUUUCGCUCUUGGCCGCUAAAUUCAGCCAAGGUCUUGAAGACCAACUUUCCCCAUCUGGGAACCACACCCUAGGUGACAAUUAGAUCUGAGGUAUUCACAAGGCUGCAGACAGACUACCCAGCUAUAACUGGUCUUACUUUUGGAAUGUGUAUUUAAAUGUAAGAAUUAGGGUUGAAAGGAACUUAUAAGAUUUGUGAGUGUGUGUGUGUGUGUCUGUGUGUCUGUGUCUGUGUGUGUCUGUGUGUGUGUGUCUAUGUGUGUGUGUGUGUAUGCGCGUGCGUGCACGCAUGUACUGUGGUAGAAGGGAUUGAACCUAGGCAAGGCUAGGCAAGUGUUGUACCACUGUGCUAUAUUCCUAGCCUUCUUUAUUUUGAACUCAUAAAGUUGCUCAGUCUGGCCUUGAACUCACUCUGUAACAUAGAAAGGCCUUGAAUAACUUGGGAUCUUCCCACCUCAGCCUCCCAAGUAGCUGAGAGUACAUACAGGCUGGGACCAGCAGACCCAGCUUUUUUUCUUUCCUUUUUUUCUUUCCUUUUUUUUU